AUGAACAGAAUAUUCGGAAGAGGAAAACCUAAGGAACCUGGUCCAAGUAUUACGGACUGUAUAAGCAAUGUAGAUAGCAGGGCUGAUAAUAUUGAGCAGAAGGUCCAGAAACUGGAAUCCGAGCUCAGGAAAUAUAAGGAUCAAAUGAAUAAAAUGAGAGAGGGACCAGCAAAGAAUUCAGUGAAACAAAAGGCAAUGAGGGUGUUAAAGCAGAAGAAAAUGUAUGAACAGCAGCUAGAGAACUUGAGGGCGCAAUCGUUCAACAUGGAGCAGGCUAACUAUGCUACACAGACCCUAAAAGACACACAAGCAACUGUAGCAGCCAUGAAGGACGGAGUCACACAGAUGAAGAAGGAGUUCAAGAAGAUUAACAUUGAUAGCAUUGAGGAUGUUAACGACGAGUUGGCAGACAUGUUGGAGCAAGCGGACGAGGUCCAGGAAGCGAUGGGUCGCCAGUACGGCAUGCCGGAGAUCGAUGAUGAUGAGCUUGCUGCUGAAUUAGAUGCCCUGGGUGACGAAAUAGCGUUGGAUGAUGAUGCAUCGUACCUAGACGACGUGGUGAAGGCACCGGCGGCUCCCGACAAGGAACCAGGAGCCGACAGUGUCCGCAACAAGGACGGGGUCCCAGUUGAUGAAUUCGGGCUACCACAAGUACCCAGUGCCGCGCAAACUUCUCGCUGA